UGAGAUUUAAAAUUGGCUGGCUCAGUGCUUCAAUUGGUUUGAGUGAUGUGGAGGGUUAACACCUUAAGUUGGUUCUCCUUUAUUGGUUCUUCCCUGUUUUCAUUUUGCUCCACAUUUUUUGGUUUGCUUCCUGUCUUUUAAGUUUAAAAACAAAACUGGCGCUGUACAACGUGACUGGCCCAACUGGAGAUUCAGUGAAAAUAAUAAUCUCAUUGAUUUACCAAGACCAGUCCCCAUGCUUGUCUCCGAGCAGUGUGAAACGGUGCUGAAAUAGUUGACCACACGCGGUUCCUGCCAACAUUGCCACCAGCAGCUCAAGACAGAAUUCCGGAGACUUACCAGAACUGUAGGCUAUACAGUCUUCCUUCCUCCCCAAAGACUGAAACAUGUCUUCUUCUGAAAGAUGGGAGAACCUAGAUGCAAAUGAAGUCCUCUAUGACAGCCAACCUGACCUGCGAGAGAUAGUGUUUGUGAUCCAGAGCCAGAGUAACUCAUUCCACGUGAGUCGGGCAGAGAGACAGAGAGCAGACCUGUUACAACAGACUCAGAGCCUCACACAGACACCCCCUCCGGUCCUGCUCCUCCACAGUCUGACAGACAAUGAGGGAGACUGGAGUAUCCUUCCUGUGCUGCCUUAUUUAUCCUUGUUGUUUGGGAAGAACUCAUCCUGGUUGGUGUUUCUGGAAGAGGAGACUAACGUCAAGGUGACCAAACUGCUCCAGGCCCUCAGGAAGUUUGACAGGAGAAAAGAGUGGUUCCUGGGUAAACCUCUUCAUGAUGAGGAGUCGACCAUCAUCCACCACUACGCCUUUGCAGAGAACCCCUCCAUCUUUAAAUACCCAGACUUCUCUGCUGCCUGGGCCCUUAGCAUCCCCCUGCUUGAAAGGCUCGCAAGCAAAGUGAGAGAUGAACCACUCAAGUCUGACUUCACUAUCGAUCUGAAGCACGAGGUAGCUCUGUAUAUCUGGGAGAAUGGCCAAGGGCCUCGUCUGACAGCAGUCCCAGAGCUGUGUACUGAGCCAGAACACUCUCCCACUGCCCAACACUGUGCUACCACCCUCAGCAGUCCUGCUCCCCUGUGUGGGGAGCCUGUAAAGAAGGAAGAUAUCUUUGUCGCUGUGAAAACUUGUAAGAAGUUUCACACUGAGAGGGUCCCAGUGGUGAAGAAGACGUGGGAGAGAGAGGCAUUUCUGUUGGAGUAUUACAGUGACCACACUGACCCUUCCAUACCUACCAUCGACCUAGGAGUCCCCAACACAGAGAGAGGUCAUUGUGGGAAGACGUUUGCCAUCUUGGAGAGGUAUGUCAGCGAUGCAGUGCCAAAGACGAGAUGGCUUCUGGUGGUGGAUGAUGACACACUCAUCAGCCUGCCCAGACUGCAGAUGCUGCUGAGCUGUUAUGACCCCUCUGAACCGGUGUGUCUAGGGGAGAGGUACGGCUACGGGCUGGGCCAGGGAGGCUACAGCUACAUCACCGGAGGAGGGGGGAUGGUGUUCAGUAGGGCCGCGGUGGUGAGGCUCCUGGCCAGUGACUGCAAGUGUUACCGUGAUGACGCCCCUGAUGACAUGGUGCUGGGGAUGUGUCUCAACGCUCUGGGGCUUCCUGUCACACAUAGCUCCCUCUUCCACCAGGCUCGACCUGAAGACUACUCCAGAGACUUCCUAGCCCACCAGGUGCCCAUCUCCUUCCACAAACACUGGAACAUCGACCCCGUCGCCGUCUUCAACAGGUGGCUAAAGGACGAGUCGAGGUCAACAAGCCCACGCGGACUAAACAAGAGCACCAAGGAAGAGUUAUAGUCACUCAGACCACGAUCAGUCUUGUGUGUGUGUGGAGUCAUGGACAAACAAAUUGUCUGCAUGUUUCCUCCGUCGGUGUAAACGUCUUCUAUGUUGUGAAUCUUGCGUCAUUUGGAGGGUUCAUGCAAGUCUCUGUCCAUGACUGUGUGUUUGGGAACUUAUUCAUGACGGUCUAGCGCGCAGUAUUGUAUUGAAUCCCGGCCACAGUUUCAAUAGAUUUGCAUGUUGAGGUUGUCAGUGUGUUCGGCUCUUGUCUGUGUGUAUUUAUAAUAUGAUAUAAUCCAUUUCUUGCCAAAUUGAACAAUGAAACUCAUUUUUUUUUUCUUAAGGACAUAUUUCAACCUUAAUGCUACAUGCUGUACAAUGUGUACUAUUUUUUAUAAAAACGUGUUUGCGGUGUC